UUUUUUCCUUCUUCCUAGAAAAUUUACUUUGGUCUUUUACAAAUUUUCAUCUGAGAAAUCUGCUAGAUUAGAAAUUGUGGUCAAGAAAACCAAUUAAAAUCCCAUGCUUAAUGGUAAGUUUCCAAGGAAGAAAAGAAUACCUGUCUUCCCCCACAAGGCACUUAAUUGAGUUCCAAACCAGACAACACAUGCAAGGUAUAUUUAACCUUGCUUGUACUAGGUUUCUUCCUUUUCAAAUAAGCACCAACCAACCACUCUGAUUAGUUGAUAACAAAGCAUUUGCUAAUAAAAGGGAAGUUAGAGAUCAGAAAAUUCUUAUAUUUCUUCCUAUAGAAUGGAAACUUUGAUGAAGCAGAUAAGAACGAAAUUAACUGGUGCAGAGGAGAAGAAUAAAGCUGAUCUGGGUGGCAGCAGGGAUCAGAAAGUUACAACACUGAAAACCCCAUCCUUCAAAGAUAAGAAAAAGGCUCAGAAUUGGUUUCAGAGACAAUUUUCAAGAACCAUGAGUCAUGAUUAUGACGCAGAAAUGGAGCUUGCCACAGCAGUAGCUGCUGCUGCAUUCGCAAUUUUUUCACUAGAGGGUUCACUAAUUCCACAGCAAAAGAAAAAGAGGGAGACACCUUUGACCAGAGGCAAAAGCAAAGUGGAUGAUACAAAACCUCCAAUUUCUCAGUUUGGUGGCACAUCAAGGCAGUUCUCAGGGUUUAAAAAUGACCAAAGUAACAAUGCUACAGUGGAUUUGAAGAGGCCUGAAAAAACCAUGACCCCUGCACCAUCAAUGAGGAGGAGUUCAACUUUUGGUGAAAAGGUGAAGAGUAGCACUGAUGGUAAAAAACCUGAGAUCCAAGCCCCAAAAAGGACUACAACUUUUGGUGAUGAGCACUCGGUGAACACUGGUGAAAUAAAACCUGAGACCCCACUACCAAGAGUUGCUCCACCAGUUCAUCAGCAAAUGCCUUUAAGGCCACCGCCACCUCCAUUGCCACCACCGCCACCGCCACCAAUCAGGCAGACUUCAGCAAGACCAGGUACCAAUGGAACAAAAGCAGAUGCCUGGGAGAGGGAGGAGUUGGAAAAGAUCAAAGAAAGGUACGAGAAGUUGUUGGAAACGAUAGAUUCAUGGGAAAAGAGGAAGAAGGCGAAAGCAAUACGCAAGCUAAAUAAGCAUCAGCAUAGUGAAAGUGAACGGAAAAGGGCGAAAGUGUUGAAGAAAUAUCAAGAUAAGAUGAACUAUAUUAGUCAAAUUGCAGGGGGAGCAAGAGCACAAGCAGAGGAAAGACGAAGGAGUGAAGUGCUCAAAGCAAAAGAGAAGGCAAAUAUAAUUAGAACAACGGGCAAAAUUCCAGGGCCAUGCUCUUGCUUCUAACAACACCAAUUAUAUAUAUGUACAUAUUACAUAACAUCACUAAUUAAAGUUUGGGUAUAACAAAAAGAAUAUGUAAUUAAUUAUUUGUUUUACAAUUCUGUGAUUUCUAACUGUAAAGCUCUCUUUACACA